CAAUUCGCCGACCCCUCCCGUCGCACCCGGAAGCUUCUGGAGACCGCCCGCCGCGAGCACUCCGCCGACCCUAGAAGCUCCAGUAUGGGAAGAGGAUACGAUUACAGCCCAUCACCGCCUCGAGGUUACAGGGGGAGAGGCCGCAGUCCAAGUCCUCGUGGUCGUGGUCGCUAUGGAGGCCAUGCUAGGGAUCUCCCAACUAGUCUUUUGGUGAGGAAUCUUCGUCGUGAUUGUAGGCCUGAUGACCUCCGCAGACCAUUUGGAAAAUUUGGCCGUGUUAAAGACGUAUAUCUGCCAAGGGAUUACCACACUCAGGAGCCUCGUGGGUUUGGGUUCAUCCAAUACUGUGACCCUGAGGAUGCUGCCGAUGCAAAAUAUUAUAUGGAUGGCCAGGUUCUCCUUGGCAGGGAAAUCACUGUUGUCUUUGCAGAGGAAAACAGAAAGAAGCCUGAUGAGAUGAGGGUCAGGGAAAGAACCAGCAGCAGAGGCCGUUCUUACGACAGGAGGUCACGUUCUCCUAGACGUGGUCGCUCUAGGUCACCUGGAUACUCUGGCAGAUCACGGUCCCCCAGCCGAAGCUACUCGCCUGCACCUAAGAGAAAGCGUUAUUCCAGGUCUCCAGCUCAUCGUGAAAGAUCUGUGUCGCGCUCUCCAGUGGACCGCAAAUCAAGGAGUGGAAGCCCUUCUGAGGAUCGUGGUAGCAGGUCUCCCCGCAGACAGAGGUCUCCUUCUGUUAGCCAGUGAAGCAGUAGUGUAGCUUAACGUGAAAGUGGAAUCACCUACACAGCAAUCUGCUUGUUGUAACGUUGGCCGAACCAUGUUUCAGAUUUUAUCAUCAUCCUUGUAUUGUAGGAGUGCUAAGGUUGAAUGGUGCUGCAUUUUGGUGUUUUGCAUUGGCAGAUUCUUAACAUGAAAUGUUCGAUGCUUAUUGAGUUUGUUGCCCUGUGUUCA